AUGGCUAACUGUAUGGUUUUUCACACUCAAAUAGCCUCCAUCAUGGAGGUGCUGGCGAAUGCAGCCGUGGCAGACAUUUGUAAACUCGUAGACGACGACUAUGCAGUGUUUCGUUUAGAAAUAACUCAAAGCCAGAAAGAAAACAGGACAUUGCGGAGGAAACUUCAGCUACUGGAACUGAAGGAGGCACGGGAGCGCGCAGAGAGGACAAUGACGCGAGGACGCGUCGUCCCAGGUAGUACGAGUAGUGUCAAUAUCCUGGACCGAUACAGAGGAAUGGCAAGAGGUGAAGGACAUCUCACUGGAGGCCACAGGAUCUCUGUGAAGCCAGCAGGACACAAUACAUGGAGAGAUGACCAACCAAUCACUAUUGGUGAGGGGAGUGGACCCUCAAGCCAGCACAUUAUCAUGAUAGAGUCUGCAGAUGCAGAGGCUGAUGGCCCUGAGGUCAAGCUGGAGAGGUCUGAAGGAGAGGUGGACCCACAGCACAGCAGAGACAUCCAGACUGGAGUGCCCCCUGUAGCCAUGGAUGACCCAACCACUGCCCCAGUGCAACCCAGGACCCGACGCAGCAGCACGGAGGUCAGUGGAACGCCGACCGCCGUGCUCAAGUCAGAGACAGACACCGAGACUUUAACGGGGCUGGGGCGACUGGGCUGUCCUCCUGCUCCCCGCUCAGAGUAUUUACUUUAUGGUAACCCGAGCCCGCGGACAGUUCUAUCACAUCAGGACACAGGUGACGCGUUACAGACUGGCAAUGAUCCGUCCUGUUCAUACGCUACAGAGACCGAGAUGAUACCUAGUGAUAUAUCUGUGGACUUAGAUACACAGACUAAUCCAAUGAGAGGGGACUGGAAUCGGUACAGUAGUAGUGUAUACUCUGAACGGUGCCUAAAUAAGAAAGGGGAGGUUAUAGUCUUAGAUGACAUGAUUGUGAAAGUGGAGGACGACACUCCUCUGACAUGGAAUGCAAACGAAACUCACAUAGGACACUCGCAGGGCAACACCAGUGACUACUUAGACUACAGGGAAAGCUUAGAGACAAAUCCAAAUGUCGCAACCCACUCCCCUUUACACGCGUUCAGGGAUUGCGAUCCAGUGUCCACGUCAAUGGGGCCUUCUGAUUCACACGGCCGCAUUCUUUUUGAUCAGGUACUGAACUCAAAUGACAGGGCUAGAACCCAGGCUCAGAGAGGGGGAGCAACAUCAGGCAAUACAAAAGAGAAACGGUUCCUCUGCAAGUUCUGUCACAAAGGCUUUAGCUGCCUCCAGAAGGUGGAGAGUCACCAGAGGGUCCACACAGGGGAGAAAUCCUUCAGCUGUACCCAGUGUGAGAAGAGGUUCUCCCACCAGCACCACCUGAAGAGGCACCAGAGGGUCCACACCGGGGAGAAACCCUACAGCUGCCCCCAGUGUGAGAAGAGGUUCUCCCGCCAGGACCAGCUGAAGAUGCAUCUGAAGGUCCACACUGGAGAAAGGCCAUUCGCCUGUACACACUGCGGGAAAAGGUUCUCAGAGAGGAGCUACCUCAGGACACACCAGCAAAAACACCAUUCAACUCUAACAUAGAAAGUAAACAUUCCACUCGAUAGCUUCUGACGUUUAGAUCAAACCCUGCAUUAUAGACAAAGAUUAAUUUUAAUUGUUGCCAUCAGAAAAGAUCCACAGAUGAAUUUGGAAUAACAAGAGUAACAGAUUUCAGUGUUGAAUAUUCCUGGGUAGAAUAUUGCAUCCAGACAUUGUGUGAUAUAAAGGCACAUAAAAGCCUAAAAGGUCUGUUAUAUAAUUGUGUUUCUACUGUGGAGUAUAUAUAAUGUUCAUAAAUGCCUAUUUAAUUAUUUCCAUUCAACUAUUAAUUUUUUUCCCCAAAACACUUGAGAAAAUGAAUGCAGUAUUAAGUUCAUGCAGAUUUUUUGUUGUAAUGGUGUAUUUAAAACUUGUUUAUGUUUAAUAAACAUAUAAUGGGACUUUUCAUUAAGACUUAUUCACCACCCUUGGAUUUCUUCAAAUUUUGUAAUAAAGUAUGAUUAAAAUGGA